AUGACGACUACCCGCUCAGACAAUCGUCCUUCGUGCACGGUACAGGACAACCACCUCGAGCGCAUCAUCGAGACGGAGGAUGGACCGGCUAUGGAGAAGAUGGGGCAAGCAUCGUUGCAUACCACCCUCGAGGACACGCGACGACACAUCAACCAUCUGCCCUCCGAACUCCUCGUCUACAUCUUCGCCGCCUGCUUCCAACUCACCCGCCCCAGUCAGGAACAUGCAGAACGGGUCCAUAGACGGCGCAAGGUUCUUCUUGUCUGUCGCUCCUGGCGCGAUCUCAUCCAGACCACCCCAUCCCUCUGGUCCUUCAUUUCACCCCACACCCCUCGGCGACUGUAUAACUUCCUCAUGUCGCGCGCAGCCGACGCGAGCGUGGACCUCUGUUUCAAACGCAAGGGCCUGUUGUCUCCUCCCCUAUCACCCGACCUCGCUCCCAUCGACUUGCCAUAA